AAGUCUCAUGGAACAACAAAUGCGUAUGUUCCAGAUGAUACCCAUGGAUAAUGGCGGUCACACCCGCGACUAUUCCGACAGUGAUGAGGAGUCAGAAAUGGACGUCUGUGAUAAAAUUGACGAAAUUUUACAGGACGAUGCUCGGUCUAUGCCAACAUCGGUAGCUGGUGAGAGCUCUGGGACUAAAGCUAGUUCGUCAAACGACGAUCUCCCACAGUAUCUUACGGAAACGGCGAAAGAAAUUACUGCCGAGGAACCGACUGGUCCGGACAUAAAAAAUGAAAAAUUGGCGGCCUUAAUCACAGACAUGAUCAGUAAACGUAUGUCUGAGGACAAAAUCAAGGCAAAGAUGGCCGAUUAUCCUCGCCCAGCUAAUAUAAAAAUGUUAGUGGCGCCCAGAUGUAACAGCACAAUAUACAGAAGCUUAAAUCAACAUAUUAAGCAGCGUGACGUCACAUUUCAACAAACGCAGAAGCGACUUGUGUCGGGGUUAACUCCCCUUGCCCGAGCUCUCGAACUUUUGACAGAAAUAAGGAAAAAAGAAAACACCUCACGUGCCGACAUCGAUGAGCUGCUUAAGCUGACUAUGGAUGGAUUUCUUCUUGUGGGAAAUGCAUCACAGAUGUUUAGUCAACGGCGUCGUGAAUUGAUCAAGCCUGAUCUUAACAAACACUUCGCAAAUCUGUGCUCCGUGAGUAACCCUGUUACAACAGAGCUGCUCGGGGACGAACUUUCACAGGCUGUCAGAGACAUAAGCGAAACGAACAAACUUUCACAUAGCGUGUCCAAAUACGCUUAUGGUAACGUCAAGGGUGCUUCCCGAUAUAACAACAAAGGGAAGGCUGGCUGGAGGCCUUACAACAACAAACCCUAUGACAGGCCGCACUACAAUCAUGGCGGACCAGGUGGUGGUAACUACCGUCAACAAAAUCAUGGCCAUGGGGGCCCACCAAACUAUCACAAGAAGUCAAAAAACUUCAAGAAGGGACAGGAGCGAAAAUAGCUUUGCCCGACAUUACU